CGAUACCAAAAAGUCCUACAUCGUCAUGUUCAGGGUAGCAGAAACAAUUUUCUAGAUUCUUUCAAAAAUAAAGGCAUGGAUCUGGUGGCGAUCCAUCUGGCCCCGACUUCUCUCAUUCCGUUCAAGUGCUAGUCUUCUAUAGACAAGACCGUCUGUUGUAGCAAUGGAUCCCAAAAAGAGCUUUGCCGCUACUGAGCCGGCAUCUUCUAUUGAUGUCACUUUGUUCGAUUCAGACCCGCCGGUCGGGCAACACGCGACAGUACAGACCCCUUCCCCCGACUCAAGGCGACGGUCGAAUUCGAGCCUACGAUCGGAGUCUAACCUACAGGUGCCAUCACCAUGCGCGACUCGAGAGAUUCCAGGGGAGGAAUGUGCAUUGCAGAGAUUCAUCGUAUGGGCAGCCGUCAAGCGAAACAAAUCGGUUCGAAUGGCAGCAAGCGAGCGUCUAAAAUGCCCUCUUCUCUUGUGCGGAGAGCGAUUCGACGACCAUGAGGAGAUGCUAAGACAUCUGACUAAGUGCCAACACCUCAAAACUGGUGAAUACGUAUGCUACGACUGCAUGAAAAUCGAACGAUAUAACGAUGGGAAAUGUCGGUGUUGUACGGGCCAUCCGACUAGGCGAAGACGUAUUAUGAACAUGGCCAGGAGCUUCUUCUCGAAUAUAGGCAACAAGACACAAAAGAUGCCGCAUUCUAAUUUCCAGGAAGAUAUCACAGCACCUCCCCCUAGCUACGAUUCUCUCGUAAUCGAUCUAGAAGAGCAAAGUGAGCGUCAGCAGCACCAAGAACAGCCACGACAACAGGAAUCCCAGCCUCGUCCUCAGAUAGAACUGAAUGGUACAGAAAUACACGAGUUAGACUCCAGACAAAUGCUACCGACAGCUGAGCUCGACCCCGUUAACUAUGCCACACAACCUGUAGAUUUCCCCACGACCCCAGAUCGACCACAUAAUGCUACACCGGGGAUUACGGUGCCCUCCCAAACAGCCAAACUUCCGAGGCACAGUGAACCCUUAUCGCAAUACUCAAUACAACAACUUCAUCAAGACAUGUCCAUGCCUCCACCUAAUUUAAUGCCGACAACUUCAGGGGGAAGUCGACCCUCUUUAGCCUUAGAUACUCACAUAGACCGUUAUAGGAAUGUUCCCCGUACCAAGCGCCUCUCCCCAAGUUCGUCGCUUCGAUCGACUAAAAGCUCGCAUAACAUAUCGCCAGUCACUCCUUGGAGUGCAACGUCCAACAGUUCGGGAGCCUGGACCAUGGGCUCAAGUAUCGGCACCGCAAUGACAUCUCCGAUAACACCCCUGAGUCCAAACAAUCUUUUCCCAGCAUCCCAACCGGAAGAAAUGUCGACUGCAGUAAAGCCCACAGCCCCAUGUCCAGAAGACACGUGUAACUAUAUGGUCAACGGCAUGUUUGAAUUACCAGGCGAUGACUUGUUAUCCAUACCCCGUGGAUUGUCUGAUCCGAUGUUAUUUUCUUUUGAGCCUAAGGACAACUAUUCAUGGAUGCAGUCUGUUGAUACAGAAAUCUCUCUUUCACCAUCCGUCAAUAUGAUGUUCGCAGGAUCCAAUCCGAAGCCCACAAACAUACCGUCCGAAUUCCUCGACCCGUCAGAUCGUAGCCCAGAGACCAGGACUCUUGUCGAGACGGCUUGGGUCGCCUUACAGGAGCAUAUCUCGUCUUCAAGACAUAAACUGUCGCACAUCGAAGGAAACCCGUUGGUCGAACGACUUCAAACACAGUCACCAAAAACCGUCGCAUUAAACGGCCUCUCGAGCCUAAGAAGGAUGCUACAAGGGGAUAACAUUAUAGACGCGUUUGACUACCUCUGUUUUAUACAUCUCAUUUACGCCUUCUCCCUUGUGAUCCACGAAAACGACCUUGCAACUCGUUGUAGCGCACUGUACCAACAAGCCCUUUCUUAUCGGCACUUUCUGGAACCAAACUAUCGCGAUUACUAUACGCAAAUCGUGAUAGAAAUAUGGCAACCUAUGCUAGAGGAACAAUCACAAGUCUUUAGAGCAGCCCGUACAGAUGUAUCGUCAAGUAGCAAGGGUAAAGAGCCCGAGUAUCGAACAAGCUCGAGAGUUAAUUUUGAAAUCGACCCUCUCGUUGCCGUAGGGCAGAAUUUUCUUGAUGAUCUAGAUAAUUCCGUCAUGACCGGUGGUCCACCAAGGUCAGAUGAAGUCUUCACAUCUCACCUCUAUUCCACUCAUGUAGCAGCAACGCAGCCAAAUUCUUUAGAUGACAGUCCCUUUGCAAUAACAGCCAGUUAUAUUGUUCAAGACUUGACUACCGGAUUCCAACAUUCAGACAUGUUAUUAACAAGACUGGGAGAAAUCAAGCGAAAGAUUCGGUCCGGGGAGAUCACCUACGUUCGCAAACUUGAACUCGCGAUAUUGCAAGCCGGUAAAACUUCUUUGGAUUCUCCCAGCCUCUUUAACGACUACAUCCCACAAGUUAGAAGAUUUUGUGACCCGAUUUAUCCCGAGCAAAGAUCUCCAUCGAGAACAUUAUAUCAGACUAUGGGAAUAUCGUUGAUGGAAGAUAUAAUUCAAAAAAUCACGUCCGAUACUCAACAUAUGCAGGAAAAUCCUCCCGAAUUUACGCUGGAGCUAUCUGAACCGGGGUAUAAUCCAUUUCUCGAUGCGUUCAACUUUGAAAGCAACACCGGGAUUGAUGGAAAUUUCUUCAUAAACCUGGGUACCAGCUCUUCUCAACAAAACCAAACAGUGCUUCCAGGCACUCCGAGUUUCAACCCGGAGCUUGGCCCCAUGGACCUUCAAGACAUGAACACUAGUGUUCCGCCACCUACCAUUACGACUGCAGCUUUCGCCAAAACCGCAUCUCACACAAGCACACCUGAUAAUUCCUUCACAUCUCCGCCCGGCCUCCCACACCCAAUCAAUGUUCCAACUAGGCCAAAGCCUCUCUCGCCGGCUCAUAUCGAAUCACCAAAGUCGAUAUCCUCCUCGGCCCAGAAGAUGGAAGCAAAUGAUGCCUGUGACGUGUGCGGAUACCGUCCAAAGGGAGAUCCGCAAUGGUUCAAGGGCAGCAUGGCAAAGCACAAGAAGAUGCAGCAUUCAGCGGGCCCGCCGGUAAUAUACAAAUGCCCCUAUCCCGGCUGCACUAGCCAAUACAAGAACCGCCAGGAUAAUCUACGCCAGCACCAGAUCGACAAGAACCAUUUCGUCGGCGACGAGGCAGGCCGGAGACCCAGCAAGAGGAAGAAGUACUCCCCGGAAGAGUAGAUGAGAUGAUGGUACUACGAACGCGAAAAUAUGAUAUGAUGACCUUGGGACGGCAAAUUCUUAUCUCAGUAUAAUAUGGGUUCUGCAUCAGUUAGGCGUCUGGAUCGGCGAUAUACAUAUUUGGGUGGCUUCUUUUCGUCGUUUCCCCCCCCCCUUUCCUCCCCUCCCUCCGAACUUAACCCCCCUCCUCCUUUUUUGGCUAAGGCUAGGGACAAUUGAGAUGGGGAGGGCUAUUUAGAGAUACCACUGCGUAUUUAUAGA